CACCCGCAGCUGCCUCUGUUUCCUCCCUCAUUCCCCUCUACUCUAGCCUGGCUUCCUGCCCCCUUUGGCCUGCCUGUGUCGGGUUUCGAGUGACCCAGACCUCCUAUCUCCUUUCUUUCCGUCCAACUCCUCCAUGCUUCCCUCCCACCCCCACUUUCCUUCUCCCCAGAUUACUAGUUGUUUGUGUAGGGCAGGGGAGAGGAGCUUGGAUAGCCCUACCCCCUGCUCCAGUCCGAGGUUGGGGCGGGGUGGGGGCUCAGCCCCUCUGAGCCUGUGAGUCAGCACUGUCCUCGUGAUUGGUCUCUCCCUUUAGCUCUCCGCCCCUGGGGAGGAGCCAGGCAGCUCUGGGUCCAGCCUGUUCUCUUCUCAGCCAGAGAAGAGGCUCCACGUUGGGCGGGGAUGGGGCCCGAAACUGUCUGGGUCUGAGCUGGGGAGCGGAAGCCACUUGUCCCUCUCCCUCCCCAGGACUUCUGUGACUCCUGGGCCACAGAGGUCCGACCAGGCUAAGGGCCUGGGGAUACCCCCUGCCUGGCCCCCUUGCCCAAACUGGCAGGGGGGCCAGGCCGGGCAGCAGCCCCUCUCUCACCUCAGCUAUGGAUCUCCUGCCCCCCAAGCCCAAGUACAAUCCACUCCGGAAUGAGUCUCUGUCAUCGCUGGAGGAGGGGGCUUCAGGGUCCACCCCCCCGGAGGAGCUGCCUUCCCCAUCAGCUUCAUCCCUGGGGCCCAUCCUGCCUCCUCUGCCUGGGGACGAUAGUCCCACUACUCUGUGCUCCUUCUUCCCCCGGAUGAGCAACCUGAGGCUGGCCAACCCGGCUGGGGGGCGCCCAGGGUCUAAGGGGGAGCCAGGAAGGGCAGCCGAUGAUGGGGAGGGGAUCGUAGGGGCAGCCAUGCCAGACUCAGGCCCCCUACCCCUCCUCCAGGACAUGAACAAGCUGAGUGGAGGCGGCGGGCGCAGGACUCGGGUGGAAGGGGGCCAGCUGGGGGGCGAGGAGUGGACCCGCCACGGGAGCUUUGUCAAUAAGCCCACGCGGGGCUGGCUGCAUCCCAACGACAAAGUCAUGGGACCCGGGGUUUCCUACUUGGUUCGGUACAUGGGCUGUGUGGAGGUCCUUCAGUCAAUGCGUGCCCUGGACUUCAACACCCGGACUCAGGUUACCAGGGAGGCCAUCAGUCUGGUGUGUGAGGCUGUGCCGGGUGCUAAGGGGGCGACAAGGAGGAGAAAGCCCUGUAGCCGCCCGCUCAGCUCUAUCCUGGGGAGGAGUAACCUGAAAUUUGCUGGAAUGCCAAUCACUCUCACCGUCUCCACCAGCAGCCUCAACCUCAUGGCCGCAGACUGCAAACAGAUCAUCGCCAACCACCACAUGCAAUCUAUCUCAUUUGCAUCCGGCGGGGAUCCGGACACAGCCGAGUAUGUCGCCUACGUUGCCAAAGACCCUGUGAAUCAGAGAGCCUGCCACAUUCUGGAGUGUCCCGAAGGGCUUGCCCAGGAUGUCAUCAGCACCAUUGGCCAGGCCUUUGAGUUGCGCUUCAAACAAUACCUCAGGAACCCACCCAAACUGGUCACCCCUCAUGACAGCUACACCUUCACUGUCCUGUCCCUCAGGAUGGCUGGCUUUGAUGGCUCAGCAUGGGAUGAGGAGGAGGAAGAGCCACCUGACCAUCAGUACUAUAAUGACUUCCCGGGGAAGGAACCCCCCCUGGGGGGGGUGGUAGACAUGAGGCUUCGGGAAGGAGCUGCUCCAGGGGCUGCUCGAUCCACUGCACCCAGUGCCCAGACCCCUAGCCACUUGGGAGCUACACUGCCUGUAGGACAGCCUGUUGGGGGAGAUCCAGAAGUCCGAAAACAGAUGCCACCUCCACCACCCUGUCCAGGCAGAGAGCUCUUUGACGAUCCCUCCUACGUCAACGUCCAGAACCUAGACAAGGUCCGGCAAGCAGUGGGUGGUGCUGGGCUCCCCAAUCCUGCUGUCAAUGGCAGUGCACCCCGUGACCUGUUUGAUAUGAAGCCCUUUGAAGAUGCUCUUCGGGUGCCUCCACCUCCCCAGUCAGUGUCCAUGGCUGAGCAGCUCCGAGGGGAGCCCUGGUUCCAUGGGAAGCUGAGUCGGCGGGAGGCUGAGGCACUGCUGCAGCUCAACGGGGACUUCCUGGUGCGGGAGAGCACGACCACACCUGGCCAGUAUGUGCUCACUGGCUUGCAGAGUGGGCAGCCCAAGCAUCUGCUACUGGUGGACCCUGAGGGUGUGGUUCGGACUAAGGAUCACCGCUUUGAGAGUGUCAGUCACCUCAUCAGCUACCAUAUGGACAAUCACUUGCCCAUCAUCUCUGCGGGCAGCGAACUGUGUCUACAGCAACCUGUGGAGCGGAAACUGUGAUCUGCCCCAGAGCUCUCUUCCAGAAGAUGCCCUCCAAUCCCUUCCACCCUAUUCCCUAACUCUUGGGACCUCAUUUGGGAGUGUUCUGUGGGCUUGGCCUUGUGUCAGAGCUGGGAGUAGUGUGGACUCUGGGUUUCAUAUCCAGCUGAGUGAGGGUUUGAGGGUUUGAGUCAGAAGCCUGGGGGAGAAUCCUGCCUCUCCCCAAACAUUGAUCACCAAAGUAUUAAUGUACAGAGUGGCCCUUCACCUGGGCCUUUCCUGUGCCAACCUGAUGCCCCUUCCCCAAGAAAGUGAGUGUUUGUCAUGGAAAAUGUCCUGUGGUGACAGGCCCAGUGGAACAGUCACCCUUUUGGGCAAGGGGGAACAAAUCACACUUCUGGGCUUCAGGGUAUCCCAGACCCUUCUCAACACCCCCACCCCACCAUGUUUAAACUUUGUGCCUUUGACCAUCUCUUAGGUCUGAUGAUAUUUUAUGCAGAGUUCUUGGGCCCCUGAGUUCAAUGACAGGGAUGCCAACACCUUCUUGGCUUCUGGGACCUGUCUUCUUGCUCAGCACUCUUUCCGGUUUGGGUUGGGAUAAUAGAGGCAGGAGUGGCAGCUGCCCCCUCUCCCUGGGGAUAUGCAACCCUUAGAGAUUGCCCCAGAGCCCCCCUCCCGGCCAGGGGGGAGAUGGAUCCCUCCCUUGCUCAGUGCCUCCUGGCCGGGGCCCCUCACCCCAAGGGGUCUGUAUAUACAUUUCAUAAGGCCUGCCCUCCCAUGUUGCAUGCCUAUUGUACUCUACAGCCAAAGUGUAGCCCUCCCUGGAGCCUCUGCCCUGCCUCCCUUUCUGGCAGGGUGGGGUAGGGGUGACUGAAUUUGGGCCUCUUGUACAGUUCACUCUCCCAGGUGGAUUUUGUGGAGGUGGGAAAAAGGGCAUUGAGACUCUAAAGCAGUAGACAAUCCCCAAAAAUACCAUCUGUAGAGUUGGAACUGCAUUCUUUUAAAGUUUUAUAUGCAUAUAUUUUAGGGCUGUAGACUUACUUUCCUAUUUUGUUUUCCAUGGCUUAUUCUCGAGCACAAAAUGGUAAUCAAUUAUUACAUUUAUACAUCACCUUUUUGACUUUUCCAAGCCCUUUUACAGCUGUUGGCAUUUUCCUCGCCCAGGCCUGUGAGGUAACUGGGAUCGCACCUUUUAUACCAGACCUGAGGCAGAUGAAAUUUAUUUCCAUCUAGGACUAGAAAAACUUGGGUCUCUUACCGCGAGACUGAGAGGCAGAAGUCAGCUCGAAUGCCUGUCAGUUUCAUGGAGGGGAAACGCAAAACCUGCAGUUCCUGAGUACCUUCUACAGGCCCGGCCCAGCCUAGGCCC